UGACAGUGCAGAAGUUCUUGAAUUGUUUUAUACUUUCAAAUAAAGAGAGAUAGGUAUGCGAAAAAGUAUAGUUAAAAUGUCAAUUAAAAUGGCUUAAAAUUAUGAGUGUAAUAAAUUUCAAGUGUAAAAAUGCCGUUGCUUGCUAUAGUUUUACUACUAACUACACUUAUGAAAUGUGGGUUUCCCCAAACAGCACUCUAUCAGCAUCAGGUCCAAAACCGAUUACAACAAACUAUUUCUAUUGGUCCGUGCAGAAUUGUUUUGAAUCCACAAUGUCCAGAUCCAGAUGUCACCUUUUUCAUGUACUCAGCGGAUCAUCCGGAAAAUCCAGAGCCGAUUUAUAUAGCCACUCACGUCCGGGGUACGAAUCUGGAAAAAACUUCAUUUGAUCCUCAAAAAUCUAGUAAAGUGAUCAUACAUGGCUACAACUCAAACAUGUUUCUAAGUGCUCUUACGGAAUUGAGAAAAGAAUAUUUGAAGAAAAACGACUACAAUAUCUUUGUAAUCGAUUGGAGCCCUUUGAAUCAAUCGCCCUGUUAUCCUGCAGCCGUAUGGAAUGCUCGACAUGUUGGGACAUGUGUUGCUCAGUUGAUCGAUCGAAUAAAAGAUAUGGGUGCUGAAGAUAUUCAUGUAAUUGGAUUUAGUUUAGGUGCACACAUAACCAACUAUUUGUCGCUAGCCUUGCGACCUUAUAUACUGCCAAGAAUCACAGGACUAGAUCCGGCCUUGCCAGGGUAUAUAACCGUAAAUCGGGACCAAAAAUUGGAUAAAAGCGAUGCCCAAUAUGUGGAUGUCUAUCAUACCAAUGCUUUUAUGCAAGGCAAAGCAGAGGAAAGUGGCCACGUAGAUUUCUAUUUCAAUGGCGGAUCGGUGCAACCUGGAUGUUGGGGAACGGAUAAUUUCUUCUCUUGCAAUCAUCAUCGCGCCCCUUUGUAUUACGCUGAGUCGAUUAAUUCUGACACUGGAUUUUAUGGCUGGAGGUGUACCAGCUAUUUCGAUUUUCUUGCCGGGCGGUGUCCUACCAAUGAGAUUCAAGUGAAGUUAGGUGAAUCAACCAAGAAAGAUGUUUUUGGAACAUAUAUGGUAAUCACUGCGCCAUCUCCACCAUUUGCUGUCGGGCAUUACAAUAUUACCUUCGGAUCCAAACUACAAAAACCUUCUGAAAUUGUAAAUAACAUGCCCAUCAACUACCAGCAACCUAUUUCUAAUAUGGUAGGAAUAGAAAAAUAUGAACAAGAUAUAGUCAUGCCUUCCACCAUUGAAGAAGAUGAGCUUUUCAAUGAAGUUUUGAAUGAAAAUUUCCCCGACGCCUUCAUUGGUAUGCAGAAGUCAUCCCCUGACAAUGAUCUGGCAUAGGUUUUCUUUGAGAGGAUACAAAAAUUGAAGUAUUGAAAUUGUAUUUAUUGAUAUACAAAUUUGUUAGUUAUUAUUAUUUAUUUUUUCAAUAAACAAUUUUUUGUUUUAUUAAAUAA